AUUUGAAUAAACUUGAGAACUUGUCUCGGGUCUCACACUUCAAAGUGUUAGAAGCAUCCAGAAGUGCUGAAUGCAAUCCCGUAGAUUGUUACCAGUCCUUAAGGUUCUGUAACGAUGGCUACUCCAUUUCUAGCUGGCCUUGCUGUAGCUGCUGCAGCUCUUGCUGGUAGGUAUGGCAUUCAAGCUUGGCAAGCUUUCAAGGCGCGGCCCCCCAAACCCAGAGCACGUAAAUUCUAUGAAGGUGGUUUCCAGCCAAAUAUGACAAGAAGAGAAGCAGCUCUAAUUUUGGGUAUCAGGGAAAAUGCUACUCCAGACAAGGUGAAGGAAGCACAUAGAAAGGUAAUGGUGGCAAACCAUCCCGAUGCAGGUGGCAGUCAUUAUCUUGCAUCCAAAAUAAAUGAGGCGAAGGACGUAAUGCUCGGAAAGACAAAGGGUGGUGGAUCCGCAUUUUAACAAGCUUGGAACUGUCUUUUUGCUCGGACAUGUCACUACUGAGCAAUUUUUCAGGUCACCAGAUGUCCAAUGUCAGUUGAUAUGAACACAUGAUACAUAUCAAUAUCAGCAAUUAUGAAGAUUAAAUCCUAUGCAAUACGCUUGGUAUUGCCAUCUUCGUCUCACCAAAACUUGCCCGCAGGCUAGAGAAAAGGCUGACUUUGCUAUUCACAUCAAGGAGAAUGGUGCGAAGUGUUAGUGUACGUGUCAAAAAUUAAAUAGUUGGAGGA